CGUGCAGCUUGACGCAGCCAGCCCCGUCUGUAGCUGCUUGCUGGCUGCUGCAGGCGUGCUAUUUUGCAGCAGCGGAGGCACCUCUGCGAAAUGCCUUUUGUAUGCCCGGCUGGUGUUUCUUCGUUGUUGUUGUUUUUUUUUUUUUUUUUUUUUUUUUGGUGGGGGGGAGGUUCUGCUUGGUUUCGUGAGGGCGCCCAUCACAGUGUUUUUGUAGCCAUGCUCUGCUCUGGGUCCGGCCGGGCUGUCCUCGCUGACUGAGCCGCUCCGGCAGCGCUGGGUCCGGGUGCAGUGCACAGCCGGGGGAUGAGGCCUACUUGUUAAAGCUCCCCCAACACCCCACCGCCGCGAUGGCUGAUGAUCAACAACAACCUGGUCAGAAGCCUGCCUCGGGAUUAGGCUCUCUUCCAGCGCUGGUGCCAGGACUCCAAGGGCCCGAGGCCAACGCGUUGCAGUUCAAAAUAAAGAAUUCAAUUUGCAAAUCUGUACAAUCAAAAGUGGACAGCAUAUUGCAAGAUGUUGAGAAGUUUACAGACAUCGAAAAGCUCUACCUCUACCUUAAGUUGCCUUCUGGUCCCAGCAGUGGCAAUGAUAAAAGGACUGGGAAUGAGAGGGGGUCCUCUACUGCUGGAUUAUGUGAUCAGAGUUCCAUGUCGUCGAGCCGUACUCAACAGAUGUAUGCAUUCAACUGGAUACGCAAUCACCUAGAAGAGCAUCCGGAGACGUCCCUCCCAAAGCAAGAGGUGUACGACGAAUACAAGAGCUAUUGUGACAAUCUUGGCUACAAUCCACUGAGUGCAGCAGACUUUGGGAAGAUCAUGAAGAAUGUCUUUCCCAACAUGAAGGCACGUCGUCUGGGCAUGAGGGGAAAAUCCAAAUACUGCUACAGCGGGUUAAGAAAGAAAGCUUUUGUUCACAUGCCAUCCCUACCCAACCUGGAUCUGCAGAAAUCUGGUGACGGGUGUGAGCUGAUGGAGUCAACCGGUCAGUCUCCCAGCGCCGAGGAUGAGAUGAGAUCCGCGGCCUGUGGGCUGGUGUGUGAGUGGGCUCAGAAGGUGCUCAGCCGUCAGUUUGACAGCGUGGAGGAUCUGGCUCGCUUCCUGCUCAACAGUCACUACAUUGGUACAAAGUCCAUGGCUGCUCUCACUGUUAUGACUGGAACACCCACAGGAAUGAAGACCCCAACUCCAGCCUCUGCAUUUGUUCCCACUGCUGAGGCAAACUCUUUCCAGCCCCAAGUGAAGACCCUGGCGUCGCCCUCUGUUGACGCAAAGCAGCAACUGCAGCGCAAAAUCCAGAAGAAGCAGCAGGAGCAGAAGCUUCACUCACCACUGCCCAAUGAGGCCCAGGUGAAGCGGACAGAGGCCAGUACGCCCGGACCCACCAUCCCCUGUGGCAGUCCUGCUCUGCUGUCCCCUCAGCCAACCAUAGGAAUCGUAGUAGCAGCCGUCCCCAGCCCAGUCCCGGUACAGAGAAACAGGCAGUUAAUGACCUCACCGAGCCCUGUGGGGACUGCGGAAGGAAAAGUGUUGCCUGUAAACUUCCAGGUUGUCACUCAGUCACUCAAACAGUCUCCCAAAACACCCCAGAAUGUCUCAGCAAGUCCAGUGGGAGACAGACUGGCACGACAUGGCACGCGGUACGCCCAAAUCCUUCCCAAGCCCUCUGCCACGAGUGCCAUAACCCUGCGCUCUCCACCCACGCUGCUCAUCACCAACAGCCCUAUAAAGACAGUGAUGCCCUCUCCCCACGUCAGCUCUGUCAACGUGGUGAAGAUGACGGCUAUUGCUUUGGCCCCCAGCAGCAGCAGUAACAGCAGUGUGCGACCAGCCUCUGCCGGUGUGACCGUCGCAGCUGCCUUGGACGAUUCCCAGCUGUCCCAGAGCGGGAAUUCGGCAGCUCCCCAGUCUCCUGCAGUCAAAUCUGCUGCAACAUUGACCCCAAUUCUCUCUGUGGACACCAAAGGGUUGUCUGAUGCUGGAAGUGACAAUAAUUCCUUGUCUGUGGCAGAGAAACAUGUUGAAGGAGCCAAAGAGGAGAAGAUGGUAAAAUUCAGAGCUGCAAGUGAGCCAAGCUUUUUGGUUAAAUGUUCACCAGGACCAGAGAAAGGGUUGCGGACAAAGAGUGACUCCGCCUCCCCUCCCAGCUCUGCAUCUGGGACUCAGGACAGCAAUAACAGUAACUGCCAUGACAGUACUUUGUACUUGACUGUUGAUAAUCAGAACUCCAAUGGCAACACAUCGUCCAACGGCUCGUCCGCUGUUACUCUCACAUCUAAGGAUGCCUGCCUAGAUGCCAAGAGCCCCAGGAAGCGUGCAGCGGGGGAAUCCCACGUUAUUCCUGUCAAGAGGGUGUUUAUCUCCCAGCAACCGGUUGCUGUCAUUGACAAUCCCAAACCUGGGUUGAACACUGCAAUGAAGAGAAUUCCCAGACCAGGAACCCCUGCGAGACCAGAGAGUGCCCCCUGCAAAGGGAUUGCCAAACAUAUGGCAUUGGGGCCCGCACAGAUCCUUGCACUUACAGACGCGCCUCUCACGCACACAGAGGGAACGCAGACUGCCGCGAAACAGCAAGAUUCAAAACACGAGGACCAUUCCAUCGAUGUGGAUCCCUCUGCUGGACCAGCAGGAAACAACGCGUCCGACCACACGCUGCUGCAGCAGAUCACUGGGGACCCUCGUGCCAUUACGGCCAACUCAGGACCACACGAAGCCUCUGUGAGCGAUUUAAAGAGCACAAUAUGGGAGCCUCAGCAGAUACCAGCAGAACACAAACAGACUCCCACUGACCAGCUCUCCAUGAUGGCUCAACCGUCCGAUGCCUCGGGCCAGCUCACCCUCACGCAGAUGGUCGACUUUGCCAGUUCUCAGCCGAACAUGGAGUACUUCUCGUUCAACGAUGACGACAUGACGCAGGAUAGCAUUGUGGAAGAGCUGGUCCAGAUGGAGGAGCAGAUGAAGCUGAAGGGCCUCUUUGGGAACUGUGUGGACGUGUCCGGGUUGCAGGGUCAGUCGGCCGGCGGACAGGGCUCGAUCCUCGCCGCCCAUCAAACCAGUUCGACCUUCUACCACUCGACUCACAGCAGCACCACUCCUGUUCAGACCCCGACCCCGACUCCGACACCCACCCCCACGCCAACUCCGACUUCUGAGAUGACGCUCGCGCACGGCCUGACCCGAGAGAGCCCCUGCUCCCGAAUGGCUCCCGUCACCCCCGUAGAUGGAGCAAUGGGCCGGCACACCCCAAUCAGCACGCCGCUCUCCAACUGCAGCAGCAGCGUGCCGCCGAGCCCCGUGGAGUGCAGGAACCCUUUUGCUUUCACUCCCAUAAAUUCGAGCAUCACGGGAUACCAUGAUGCGAGCAUCGUCUCCAGCAGCCCUGUCAAACCCAUGCAAAGGCCCAUGGCGACGCACCCCGACAAGGCCAAGCUGGAGUGGAUCAACAACCGUUACAACAGUAACUCUGCCGGACCUCUAUCUAACCACAGCAUCGGCAUUCUGCCAAGCUACCAAGACCUGGUGGACGAUCAAUUUCGCAAACCUCACGCAUUUGCAAUUCCUGGCCAGUCGUUCCAGUCUCAGGCGAGACAGGACGGCGCUCACUUUGGACGCAUUACUCCAAUUUCUCCAGUGCAGCAGCAGCAAACACAGCAGCAGGCAAGUGGUGUAACGACUCCCACCAAGCAGGAGAGUUUUGCCGUACCUGCACCGCUAGACAACAAGGCUUCCGCCUCAACUGCGUCCAACACUUUCCGCUGCCGCAGUGUUAGUCCUGCUGUGCGGCAGAGGAACUUCAGCGGUAAUACCAACCCUCCAGCCACCACCACGAGCACCACAACAACGACUCGAGCCGUGGUCUCGCCCUUUAACUCCCCCAUAACCUCGGAGGUGCUCAGCAUCCUGUCUAACAGCCAGACUGUCAGCUCUGUGCACAGCAUGGUGCAGCGCAGCCAGUCCGUACCUCUGAACAUCAUGAUGCAGAGCGAGAUGCUGCCUGUGCAGGGUCAGAGUAACACCGCCAAGAUCACCAGCGUCCUCCUUAGCAAGAUGGAAGCAGAUGGAGACGACUCCGUCCGUGGUCUGGGCAUCAACAACUUGCCCUCUAAUUACACGGCCCGCAUGAACCUCACCCAGAUUCUAGAGACGGCUCCGAGCUUCUCGGGAGGAACCGCGUCCCAGAAUCAGCUGCCCGUCAACUCCAGCCCUGCUGCCUUCGAGCUCCAGCAGCAUGGCUACCUCACAGCUGGGGACACUCAAGCACAAGCAGGUCCCAGUGAGCAAGACCAGCACCAGCAGCAGCUCCGAGAAGAUCCCGCGCAGACACAACCGCAGCUCCUCCUCCAGAGCACACAGCAGCAGCAGGAGGCGGAGGAUGAACAGCAGCAACUCGAUUUCAACAACACUGUCAAGGACUUGCUGGGCGAGGACGGACUCAAUCCCAGCUCCCAACUGGUGGGUCAGGUCGCCUCGGAGCUCAACGCAGUGGCGUCCGACUUCUCCAACGACAUCAGACUGACCUCAGAUCUGUCCAGUAGCAUCACUGACCUUAACACGUUGGACGCCAACUUGCUGUUUGACCCCAAUCAGCAGCAGGAGCAGUACGAAGACUCGACACUGGAAGAACUAAAGAACGACCCACUUUUCCAGCAGAUAUGCAGUGAUACUGUGAAUUCUGGUUUCGAGUGGCUAGAGAGCAAAGACCAGCCUACUACCGUGGAGAUGCUGGGUUAACGUUCUCUUCUACUCUGUAUGAUUUAUGUUCUCUGUUUGUUCAGUUUGGUGCACAUGUAAUAUAUCUGUUUUUAACCCAUAGUUUGUCGGAGUUUGUCUGGACUUUGGCCGUUUGUUAUGUUCAAAGUGCCAUGCUUACCAGAGCAAUCUCCCGCCACCUUUAUCCCCUCCCUCAUCAUUUGUCAACAAUAUUUCAGUAUUUUGCUCACUUUUCUCCCUCAUUUGAGAUCUAAAAUGUUAGCAUUUCAAGAGAAGGGUGCGAACACUUUGUGGCAGCAUGCACCAACUAACAGAGCAGAUAUGCGCGCUUUGAAGGGUAAUCCUUAUUAAUGCAAUAUUUAUACUUUACGAACAACAAAGGAGUAGGAAAUGCUUUGCAAAUCGGGCACACGAGACUUCACCAAAAAAGAAAAACAUAUUUUUCUUUUAACGUGCAGUUCAAGUUCAACCAAAUGGAGACAAUAUUGGUUAUCACGGUAUAUGCACAUAAAAGUUGUAGUACGUUUGCCUGCCAUAUCAAAAAAGAUAUAAAAAGGGCAGCAUCUUAAGCUGCCAGGUGCUGAAUUUCUGACAUAAUCUUUAUACUUUUAUCAAAAACCAACAUCAGUGAAGAACUGAUUCAUGUGUGAAACCUCUCAAAGCCUAUACUUCUUGUACUGUUUAUUAUCUUCAAAAAAGGGAGUUUAACGGUCAUUAGAGAAAAUAUGGAGAUGCAGGCCACUUUGUGGAGUAUUUAUUGAAAAAAAUCAACAACUUGGCUGCCUUAUUCCCAAAGUUUAAGGCCUUACGCCAUUGUUAUAUGAACUGUAUAUAGUAUAAUGUUAAGAUAUCCAGAGCUUCAUCCUUUCAUGGCAGCUGUUACUCUCAUAUUUUAAGUUCCUUUCUCUGUUCUUGUUUUGCAUUGUUACAAGAUAGACGGGUCCUGCUCAUUUCCAUUUUUCAUACCUUUUUUUAGAUGUUUCUUGGGAAUGAAAUGGAGCUGUUGGUGGCAUUUCUUACCAGCCAUGGUACCAAUUUUUUCCUGCUAGUAGGGCGUUUCAUACCCAAUUUGCCAGCUGAAGAGUUGAAGUGAUUUUCCAUGAUCUCCUUAUAGUUUGCAUUUGGUUAUGUAACAGCGAAAAAUACUACAGCUUAAUCUGUGUUUCAGUAUGCCACUCUGAACCUUUUCCUACCUGGAACCUUUUACGUUACCCUGGCCGUAUGUGGGGUGCAGUGGGUGUUGUGAGGUGCAAAACCGUGUUGUUUAUGUAAAUGACGUCCAGAAUGGCUGAAAUGUAACAAUUUAAAAGCUCCAGGAACAUUUUUCAGGAGUCAGUGUUGUUUUCUGGGCCCAUUUUAAAGCAGCAAUCCUUCUUGCCCUGGAACUAUUUGUGUUUUAACCCUUUGAAGCUAAAUAAAGACAGCUGUAAACCGUCUGAAAGAUUAACACAUUUUGAUUUAAGUAAUGAGGCGUUGCUAAUGGCCAUCAACAACAUGUUUCUCAGGCUUUAAUUAUUAUCUAUAAAAUUUUAAAUUUCUUCUUUGAAGUGAUUUUAAUAUUGCUGUAGUUUCAAGACUUGCAGAAAUUUCUGAAUAGCAGGAAUAAAAGUUCUUGUUGCUUUUAUUUUUGCAACAGGAUCGUCUGUCUCACAGAAGCUUCUGAACAAGAGCUUGGUCAACACUCAUGCAGUGGGACGUUCCCCUUUACUGUCAACAUGUACAAUGUGCAUGAACUGCACUGAUUUGGACUCUCACAUCAGAAAUGCAUUCCAGAAACAAGUAGGGUGAAUUAGAGGAAAAAAUAGUCCUAUGAAAAAUUUGAUUCUGGGAGAAAACAGUCAGAGUGCGCCUUUACUGUUUGACUGUUGAUUUGUUGUUACUGUAUUAAAUACUAUCUUCCAGUAGGAGGUAGUUGAAAGUAAAGUAAACUUUUCUGAGCCCACUUCUCCCCAGAAUUUAAUUUCCUGGAACUAUUUACAUCAACUCGGCUGUUUGUUGCAUACAUUUUGACAGUAUGAUGGAAAUCUGUGCUGUUUAUAUAAAUUAUGUGCACACUAAUAAGUGGAUAAAAUGCUUGGAGAAUUAAAAAAAAAAAUCUGAAAUAUUUAGGAAUCUCUCACCACAAAGCUCCACCAUGAAUUUUCACCUAAAACGCUGCCCUGCUACCAGAGCCGUUUCUUGGGGUGAAUUCCUACCGUGACGUUGGAUUUGGUUCUGGUUCCUGCAGUGGAAAUGAUGAGGGUUAAAAAAAUGGUCCCAGAAAACUUCACUGUUACUGGAAAAGGCUGCUGUAUUUGAAGCAAACCUUUAGUCAUUUUAGUUCGAUCCGGGGUCAUGUUUGUUGCGAUGUUUCAAAAGCAUCUUCUGGUCCAAACAGGAAUCAGAAAUAAAAUAAAUGGAAAUAGGCUGAGAUUUCUAUGAGCAUUUCCAUAAUUCAUAAAAACCCUUCACUAGCAACAACAAUGAAUGGAGAUGCAAAGAUUUACGUGUCGACUGGUUUGUUUAUGGGAAAGAAGUGAUGAAUCGGCAACUGGUGGGUUUGAACCGAAGAACCAACUCCAUAAGUUAUUGGCUACAUCCUUAUUGAUGAAAACAAAAAUUGCUACGCUGUCCUUUCAAUUGUGAGAUGUUUUUAGUUUUUUUGCACUCCCAGGCUAGAGAAUUUCAACGGCAUGGAGAAGGUUUUGCAAACCAGGAGGACCAACAGGUUCUUGCAUGAGCUUCCCGGAAAUAAUGUUUGUGCAGAUCCAGGCCUCAUUUUCAUGCCAAAGACGAUCCGUUUCAAGAAUCAUAAGAGAUUAUUCCACACAGAAACACUCCGCGUUUAGCAUCCACAACUCAACAGGAAAGUGGGGCAGCAUCAGAGAUUUAAGAGUUCUUCUGUACAGUUUGUAAAAUAGUGAAAUGGUCACUGUCCUAUGUUUUAUAGGUAACCAUGGACCUGAAAGCAUGUUGAAACCAUCACUGCUAGCCAGGUAGGCUCUGUGAUACAGUAGGAUGCUUGCUUCAGUUUUUCGGCUAUAUUGUCAAUGUUGUAAAAGUCAUGUUUAAGCUCCAUCUGUAAAUACGAUAGAUACAUAGAGAUUCGAUGUAUCCAGACACUAUAUUAUGGCCAUUAAUCUAGCUAAGUAUGUGCCAUCGAAAAGAAAAAAAGAAGCUUAACAGAUUUAUAGUUGGCAAGAUACUGUAUGUUGUGUGUUACAUUUCUGGCUCAAUGUGUCGUAACAGUAAUGCUGUCUGGUCUCGCUUGCUGAUUUUAUUUGACUAUUUUUAAUAUUAUUUUUGGUCUUUAUACUCAAAGAUAAAUAGGUCUCUGCAGUUGCAGAAGUGAUGUGUGCUGUGAGCAGGAUCAUUAGCAUGGUAUGUUAAGAAAAAAAAGUUGUGAUACUGUUAGCUGGUUGCAGACUUCUCUGUGACAUUGUGCUCAAAGUUCGUCAGCAGACACUGGAGAAAAAACAAAAAACAAAAAAAAAGUUUCAACAAACUUUGGAGGUUCACGUUAUUGCACUAAAUUUUUACGACACAUGGCUUUGUCACACCUUUAUGGAGAAAAAUAAUAAAUUAUGAUGGGUGCCCGCUUAGAAAAAGAAUAAAAGGAAAGAAAAAUAUUUUUUAUGACAAGAUGAGUAAGGAAAAUAAGUGGAUUGUCAGAAAAUGACUAAUUGUCUUGUAGCAAAAUGUGCAUUAAUCUCAGUGAGAUACACGUUUCUUACUCGUUCUCAUACAUGAGAAUACAAAGCAUUGAGGGGGGAAAAAAAAGCUAGAAUAACCUUUGAAAACCUACAUGCUCAUUAUGUUGAUAAAUGAUUGUAUACACGCAUGUGUGAUGACUUCUGUUGUAUAUUCUUGGUAACCACUGUCUACUGUGAUGUAGGCAGGUUCUGUUAACCAGACUGGCAGUGCUAGUUUCAUGAGUUACUUUACAUUUUAUUAUUAUUAUUUUUAUUAUUAUUAUUAUUAUGUGUGACUGUGCUGUUUACUAAGUUAAUGUUUUUCUGGAUUUUUUUUUCAAUUUGACGUUUUCCUAUUUUGAUAAAUGCAUUUGUGAAGAAACAUGUUUUCUCUUAAUUACCUUCUUUAACAACAUGGCACUGAUAUUUGACUUUAAAUGAAGGAAAUGCACCUCUUUAUGAUUACAGCAGCUCCAUCAAGCAGUGACUCUUGACUCUUUACCUUUUACUGACCCGACCCUGUUUGACUAUCGUGUCCGUUUCUACCAGUAGAAGAAGAAGAAAAAAAAAUCAACCCUCCUCUGUGUUGUUGUCUGGUGUUCUGCUUAAUGUACAGUAGCUUGUUAAUAUUGCAAACGCGUUGUUUCUUUUUCAAUGGAAAGUACUCACUGGUGAGAUUUUUAAAGUGGUUUUAAAAGCCAAUAAACUUUUUUAAAGAA